CCAAACAUGAAUCCCUAUUCUCUCCUCCAUAAACUACGAUAAAAGCCAUUCGAUUCUCCACAACGCGCAGCCAAGCCGUCUCUAUACCGCUCAUUCAAUUACGAAAUCAUCGACAAUCGACUUCACUUUAAACCCUGAAAAUGGCAGAGGAUAGCAUCAGUGAACAUGAGACAGAGGCAAUGCCUGAGAACUCUGUUCCAGUUGAAAUUCAAGAUCCUGAGAAUGAGCAGGAAGAUGCUGUAGAAACUCAAGAUAAUGAGGAAGAACAAGGUGGUGCUGAUGUGGAGGAUGCUGACAUGGCAGGUGCUGCUGUAGUGGACACUGUUGCAGAAGGUGUUGUGGAAAAGAAAUGGCCAGGGUGGCCUGGAGAGAAUGUUUUCAGGCUGUUGGUUCCUGUGCAAAAAGUUGGUGGCAUCAUUGGUCGCAAAGGAGAGUACAUAAAGAAAACUUGUGAAGAAACAAGGGCCCGCAUUAAAAUUCUUGAUGGGCCUCCUGGUACUACUGAAAGAACUAAGACAACCAAAGAUCCAGAUUGCAGUUCAACAUUGACAUUGAGCAUCAAAAUCAAAAGUUACUCUGAUUUGAUUGGCUGGCAGGUGUUGAUUUCUGCAAAAGAAGAACCAGAUGCUUUAAUUCCACCUGCCAUUGAUGGUUUGUUGAAGGUUCAUCAACGUGUGAUGGAUGCUGACAGUGAUCCUGCACGUGUCCAGCCUGUCACCAUCUCCACAAGGCUUCUUGUUGCAGGGACACAAGGUGGAAGCUUGAUAGGGAAACAGGGUGCCACCAUAAAGACCAUUCAAGAUUCUUCAAAUUGUAAAAUCCGUGUCAUAGGAGAAAACCUACCGAUUUUUGCUUUACCUGAUGAUAGUGUUGUUGAGAUACAAGGGGAGGCGACAGGUGUACACAAGGCUGUGGAGCUGGUUGCUACUCAUCUGAGAAAGUUCUUGGUUGAUCGCAGUGUUAUUGGGAUAUUCGAGAUGCAAAUGCAAAUGCCAAAUCCUCGUCAAAAUCAAGAGAUGCCACCUCCCCAACCGUGGGGCCCAGGCCCGUCUCCUCAAGGUGGUUUCCCAAUGAACGCGGGUGGUUUCGGGCCCAAUCAGUUUAUGCCACCUCAGCAACACCAGUUCGACAACUUUUACCCACCUCAACCAAUGGAUAAAGUACAGCCUCGUCAGCAGGGCCCACCGCCUAGCUUUGGCAGGGAUCCAUCCAUGGGACCACCUCACAGCCACACUUCAACUCCUCAACCACAGACACAGCAAUCCAUAGUCACAAAGGUGUCGCAUAACAUGCAGAUCCCACUUUCGUAUGCUGAUGCUGUAAUUGGGACAUCUGGCACGAAUAUUAGUUAUAUCAGACGAGCAAGUGGUGCAACAAUUGCAAUUCAAGAAACACGUGGAGUUCCUGAUGAAAUGACUGUUGAGAUUAAUGGAUCUGCUUCACAGGUUCAGACAGCUCAGCAGUUGAUUCAGAAUUUUGUGGCGGAAGCUGCAACUGCUGCUCAGAAUUCUGCAAGUGCUCCGCCGCCUGCCCAAGCAUAUAAUCAGUACCCUGGUCAUGCUCCUCCUCCGGCUUACGUGUCUCAGCCACCCCCCACUGGCCAUGCACCUCCUGCUGCUGAGUAUGGUGGACCCGUGUAUGGAGGGAAUUAUGGGUAUUGAUUGAAACCUCCUUCCUCGUGUGAGAUUGGUUUCUGUUAUGAAUGAAUGGGGAACAUGUUGUAACAGGAUAUUGUUCUUGUUUAGAAAUAGGUUAGAUUGUUUGUUUCUUUGCUUGAUUUGUUAGUGUUGAGAACGUUCGUUUGUCCUUUUAUUCUCGAUUGUUUGGAAUGAUAUUUUGAAUAGUGUCAACUUUUUCACUAAAACCAUGACAAAAUGUUCUAUUUUAACCACUUUGAUUUAUCA